CCUUCGCCGCUUCAUGAGUAUAUGAAACAUUCCGAGCGCACACCGGCGAGCUCACUUACCCCUUCCGUUAGUUUGUCUGUCCGACAUCCCACAUGUUUUGAAGCCGCACCAACGGAGAGAUCAUGUCCACGGGGUCCCUCAGCGACGUCGAUGACGAACUUUUGGACGGCAUUCUGAAAUUCGGCUCUUCUGGUAAAGAUUCAGGAACGUCGAAUGAAAGCACCGAGGAGAGUUCAAACUGUGAGGGUAGCUCGGUGAAUGACAGAGCUGAUGGUUCGGUAAAGAAAAGGAAGACUUCGUCUCGGAAAACCACGCGCAAUGGUGUGGCACAGGAGGGCAAGCAGGUGCAAAGGAACGCAGCUAAUGCACGGGAACGAGCAAGGAUGCGAGUGUUGUCCAAAGCCUUCUCUCGGCUGAAGACUACAUUACCAUGGGUACCCCCGGAUACCAAGCUAUCCAAACUGGACACGCUGCGUUUGGCGUCAAGCUACAUUGCUCACCUGCGACAGAUUUUGGCCAACGACAAAUAUGAGAACGGAUAUAUUCACCCAGUAAAUCUGACGUGGCCUUUCAUGGUCGCAGGCAAACCAGAGACCGAUCUGAAGGAGAUGCUCAAUACUACACGGCUGUGUGGAACUGCCUCCUGAUGCUACACUGUUCUGCUUUCCACGAGACACAUAUCUGAGGGAUAGAGGGACAUGCACGUCAUCUCCACAGACUUUCGAGUGGGAAUAACCGAGGGAGCGCGUGCACUCUUUCGUGCGUUGCCGUAAAGAGACACUGUUUUGUUCAUUAUUUAAAGAAGCCAUCAGAUGUUGUCUUUGCUGGUUCAAAGACAAAAAAGACUGAAUAUUUUGUAUAUUAGUUUUUAUAAUCUUCCAACGCCAUAACGCUGUCACAUUUUUGAGUUAGGUUACAGUAGGUCUACCAGUCAUAGGUCUACAUGGAAGCGCCGGUGAGAAAGUUGUGUAUUUUUCCAGAUUUUAUGUAAAUAAAAUAUAAUACUGUUGCGCAUGA